GCGCGCUUAGCCUUACGGAAGGGAUGAAUGUCUUUCUACUGCUGUCUUUACUUAGUUAUUGCUUUAAAACGCAUAUGGUGUAACAGGACGACACACCACAAAAGUAAAAGGGAAAGAUGGAGCCCCAAGACUCUGACAAACACAAUGAAGGCAGUGGCUCCAGAAAGCGAAGCAUUUCCUCCAUUUUAAAAGCGCCAAGGAAAUCCAUCCUCUUGCGCGACUUGGAACAACAGGAAAAUGAGGUGGAAAGCUCUAAACCUGUCGAGAAGAGAAAUUCCAGGAGAGUCAGUUUUGCUCCCGCUAAUGACGUUCUGCUGUUUGCCAAUGAUGUGAAGAAUGCCUCACCUGUCCGAAAUCCUUUACAAGAGUUAACAGCACCAGCAGGUGUAGCAACACAGAAUAGGGCUCAAGCUGAGCUAAAAGCAGAGAAGAGUCAACAAAUUAGUGGCAUAGAAAACCUCCUGAAGGCUCCUCUGCGUGUUCCUUUGCAAGCAAACGCUGUCUACCCUGAUGUUUGGAACGAGAUCGGGGAGAAAACGGUGGUGUUUUCGGCUGACGACGCCACCAUGGACAUGACCCACAGUCACACCAUCAACAUCGGCGGUGACGCAGACUUACUGGGAGAGACCUACAUGUCUGAGAAAAGCGUGGAGGCUGGACUCCCAGACCUAUCUGUGAACAUGACCAGCAGAUCCACAGACCUUAGUGGACAAAAAGGAAGCUUCUCUGCAAUAGUGAACAGUUUGGAUCCUGGAUUUGAAGACUUUCUAGCGAGUCUCUCUCACCCGACUAGCUCCAGUGGAGGAACAGCUUUUGCUGGACCGCUAAGAAAAAGUUCUGGAAGUGUGGCGGGUCUGAGUAAAACCCAGAGAGUUGAAGCGGUCAAAGAAAACCAGCAACCGGCGUUAGAAAAGGCCACCAAGAAGAUCAGCAAAGGAUUUGGUGGAAGCAUGGCGUGUCUAGAUGUCGACAUGGGUGUGGAUGAGGUUCAAGCCGAACCUCAGAUGGGUCACAGUCUGGGAGUCGCUGACAAGGACGACCUGUUUCAGUGUCUCUUUCCAACUCUGGACAUGUUUUCAGAGAAAGGGGCAUCACUGCAGACGAGCAGAACUUCAGACCCGAGAGACAUGAACUCUGCAGGUCCUCUGCACCCAAACCCCAGUGUCAGCUCUGUUGCCAAAGGCGAGAAGACAGUAACGCUUCCUGUGGAGAACGACUUCAUGGACAUAACUCGCAGUCACACAGUCGACGCUUCCAGUGGUUUUUCAGCUAAAAUAUUAACCGGAUCGUCUGACCCAUCACCCAAAAAGGUUCAGUCCAAAUCCAGUGACCCCAGCUUGUGUAUCCGCGAAGGAAGCUGGUCAAUGAACAGAAGCUCCACGGAGCCCGGCGGAGACGAUCCUGAGGGCGACGUCAGCAUGGAGAUGACUGAGGUUCAAACGGGACGCAUUGAAGGACUUUCCGACUCGCAAGAUCCUCUUCAGUUUCUCAUUUCGUCCCGAGAGGAAGUUUUCCCGCUCAGCAGAAGUCAGGAUAAAGCAGACGCGGCUUCAGGACAGGCGAACAUCAGAGGAUCGUCCAGCAGUCAAGGUGUGGAAACUUCUUUGAAACCUUCCAUAAAAUCUUCACAAAGAUGUCAGACCAGGUUUGGUUUGAACAAUGAAGAGAAAACGGUACAGUUUACCGCGGAUGAUGACUGCAUGGACAUCACACAGAGCUUCACAGCAAACAUCAACUGUAAAAGUUCACCGCAGUUGUUCUCAAAUGUAGACCUGAAUAGACAUGACGAAAAAACUGUGAUGGUUAUUCGGACUGAUGCUGCAAUGGACCAGACCAAGAGUCGCACCGUCAACACUGCGUCUGGUUUUCAACCAACGUACCUCAAAAACAUUGAGGCGUUGCCCUCUAAUGGAGAGAAAACCGUGAGGUUCAGUGCUAACGAUGCAGGAAUGGACGUAACCAAGAGUCACACCGUCAACAUUGCCUCUGGUUUUCAGCCAACGUACCUCAAAAACAUUGAGGCGUUGCCCUCUAAUGGAGAGAAAACCGUGAGGUUCAGUGCUAACGAUGCAGGAAUGGACGUAACCAAGAGUCACACCGUCAACAUUGCCUCUGGUUUUCAACCAACGUACCUCAAAAACAUUGAGGCGUUGCCCUCUAAUGGAGAGAAAACCGUGAGGUUCAGUGCUAACGAUGCAGGAAUGGACGUAACCAAGAGUCACACCGUCAACAUUGCCUCUGGUUUUCAGCCAACGUACCUCAAAAACAUUGAGGCGUUGCCCUCUAAUGGAGAGAAAACCGUGAGGUUCAGUGCUAACGAUGCAGGAAUGGACGUAACCAAGAGUCACACCGUCAACAUUGCCUCUGGUUUUCAACCAACGUACCUCAAAAACAUUGAGGCGUUGCCCUCUAAUGGAGAGAAAACCGUGAGGUUCAGUGCUAACGAUGCAGGAAUGGACGUAACCAAGAGUCACACCGUCAACAUUGCCUCUGGUUUUCAACCAACGUACCUCAAAAACAUUGAGGCGUUGCCCUCUAAUGGAGAGAAAACCGUGAGGUUCAGUGCUAACGAUGCAGGAAUGGACGUAACCAAGAGUCACACCGUCAACAUCGAUGCAGAUUUAAGGCUUGCUCAGCUACAGGGGGUGGGUUCAUUGCCCACAAACACAGACAAAACCCAAAUGUAUGAUAUGAAGGAAUCUGCAAUGGACGUGACCAAAGGUCAUGCUAUCAAUAUCGCUGCCAAUCUAAAAGUCUUUUCACAACCAGCACUUGAUGUUUUUGAAGAGGAAAAACCCAUCAGGUCCACCACAAUCAAUGAAGCCGUAAAUGAGAUGCAGAGUUGCACUCAAGUUAUUCCUGCAAAUUUUGAGCAAAAGUUCCAUCAAACUAAAGAUGUGUCACCUUCUAAAGAAGACAAAACAGUCAGGUUCACCUUAUCUGAUGCGACCAUGGACGUGACGAAAUGUCACACCGUCUACAUUGACGCAGAUUUAGAUGCAAUACAGCAACCGGAUGUAGAUUUUCUACACAUAAAGAAGGAGAAACCUGUGAGUUUCACAGCAGAUAAUACAACCAUGGAUGUAACAAAGAACCACAGUGUACUCAUCGCUACAGACAUUCAUGUUCUUCCACCUCCAGCUCAUUCUGACAAGACCGAGUCCUUCAGGUCUAUCACAACAGAUGAAGCGAUAAAUGGGACAAAAAGUUGCACUGCAAACAUUUUUCCUCCUCUUGAACCACUAUCUGUCCAGAGUAUGGACGCUCUCCUGACAAGUGGAAAGAAAACCCCCUCCAGGGACACUGCUAUGGACAAGACUCAGACUCUUUCUGCAAAUAUUGAUAGUAAUUUGGUGUUACAGCCAGACACGGCUCUCUCUCUCCAUGCAUGGAAACCAGAUCUUGGUUUAGAGGAGUCGAACAAAUCCAUGUCACGGGCCUCCGUUCCUGUGGACCAUCAGAAAACAAACACUAUGAAUCCUCUUGAGACCCUAGAACCAAAUAGCUGUCCAUCUGACCAAAAACCUGAGCCGUUGCCUGAUAAAACCACACCCAACUGUCCACAAAUCUUUGAAGGUUGGGACAUUUGUGGGGAUCAAACUUACAGUAUUGAGGGAAGAAAUUCUGCUGAGAUUCAGACUCGAGACCACAAGGUGUCAUCAGACAACAAAGAAAUGCUGAGAUCCUGCAACACCAAGAUCUCAAAUUCCCCAGAUCACGUCACUUCAGGCCAAGCUGAUCUUACGAAAGAACCUGAACCAGCAACUGUAGGUUCUAUUGCGUCACUGGAGCCAGAGAGCCCAUCUGUGGACCAAAAUGGAACGUUAAAGUCACGAAAAUCCAGACGAAAGAGUUUAGCUGACCUACAGACAAAAGUCAGACGUUUGAGCCACUUGAUCAACGCAGCUCCUGAUGUGGUUGCCAUGGAGAUGUGCACGGCACCGUUGCCCCAGACCGAGCACGACGUUUACAAGAACGCGUCGGAUAAAAAUGCGUCUGCAUCAGACGAGCAGCUCCAAGUGGCUUCAAACGCGGAAGCCAAAGCUCAAGAUCUUUGUCACCAGGAGGGAGAACAGCCUGUUGCCAUAGCAACUGCAGAUGCAAUUCCUUUCAAGUGUAAGACUAAGCAGCUGAUAUCAAGACUCUCUGUGGGGGGGUUCAAACCCAAACUCCCACACAGACGAUGCCCCGAAGACCCAAACAAGGUGGUUUCUGCUGGAGAAGCCACAAAAAGUACCAGCGAGCUGAACAAUCCCGAAGAGGACAUCAGCAACAUUUAUGACGAAGAGCUGGACAGCUGUGAGGACAUGUCUGAAAUCCUAGACACCAGGAGCCCUGACAGGAUCACGGAGGAGAGGAGUCCAACUGAGGAGUUCCUAGCUGACCCUCUGGAAAACGACGCUUUCAUGAUGGAACAGCCAGGCCAGAAGAGACCCCUGACGGAAAACCCAGAUGAACGGGAGGACGAGAAGCGGCUGAAAGUCUCCUCAGAGUUUGAGCUGAUGUCAGAGGUUGGUGAGCAGGACGUGAGCAGGACUCGAACCGCCACACAGACCAGCGAUUCCUCCAGCAGAUGCGAAGCUGCGUUUGAUUCAACCAUCAAGAACAGCCUGUUUGAAUCCCAGCUGGAAGACUCCAGCAGUGACGCUCAGAGGAAACUUGAAGACGGUACGAUCACGGUCUCAGAGUUCCUCAAACUCUUCAACAUCGACUUUGUCAUCCACAAUCCUCGACAAAGCGUCCUUCCGUCCAGACUUCUGUCAGAGGCGGAGGCGACGACCAUGGACUGUUUGAAGAACCGACACAUCAGCCGACCCAAACAGAAGGUUUAUGAGGCAGACGUCCAGAACCUCAGCCAGGAGGUCCAACGGCUCCAAGGCCGGAUGUGGGACCUGCAGAAACCUCUGAGCAGAGUCAACGCGGCGCUGUGGCAGGAGAUCCGACUCCUCUCUGAGAAGGAGCUCAAAGCGUUCGGUGCUCAGCUGAAGGCCAGGUGCAACCUCUACAGAAAACAGAGCAAAGUUCAGUCGCACCACAUGAAGGAGGUUCUGUACACCAACCUCAUGAGCGCUCAUCUGGAGGAGCAGCAGACACUCAGAGGAAGACUGGAGCAAGCCGACCAGAUGAUCAGGAGUCUGGACGGCUGCAUCGCUGAGCUGGAAGCAGAACUCGCUGAAGUGGAGGACGCCGGUUCUGAAGACAAACCAAGCCUGAAGUCGUUGCAGGAAGCCGUGGAAAAGGUGACGAAGGCGUUGGCCAACGGCGAGAGGCAACAGGCUGAGCUGGAAACGCAGAAGCAGCAGAAUUUGAACCAAGUCAAGAAGCUGAAGGAGGAAACGGGGAAGCUGCAGACCCACAUGGACACGCUCGACACAGUGAACGAAUGGAGGCUAAAGGAGCACAGCCAGAACGCCAGCCUCUACAGUUUCCUUCACGACACCGUCUUCCUGCAGCUGGUCUUCCCCGACUCCGAUGGAAGUGGUCCUGAGGCGGUGGCAGAGCAGAGACUGACCGACAUCGUCUUCAGCCUCCAUCUGGAUGGUGAGAGGUCGCAUGACCACGCCCGCCUCGUUCACACACUGGUGUCGCAGUUUGUGGCUGGAGAGUCGGCCUGGGUGGAGAAAUACCCGACGAGGGGGGACGUCCCAAAGCUGCUCCACGACGUCAGCCUGGCGGUGAGUCGCUGCCGUUUGCUGGGGGAGGAGCUUCGUCUGCUGAAGAUGUGGGGCGCCAUGCGGCUCCACAUCCUCAGCUUGACCUGCACGGACACGCGAGUGCACCUGGUCUUCAGCAGCCUCAAAGCCUUCCUGAAGUUCAAGGUGGCGUUCUCCGUCAGCGUGGCGGGCCCCGUCUACCACCUGAAGGUGGAAAGCUUCCAAAGCCUCAUCGGAGAAACCUCGAUCCAGCAGAUCCAGGACGUGGUGGCGUCCUUCACUCCAUCCAGGAACCUGCUGACAAAGAUCUGCAGAAAGAUCCACCAAACGCUGCUCUGCUGAGGAAACAGCUGCUCGGCCUCUUCUGGCUGUAAUAUGUUCAAUAUGUGACGAAUUCUACAACAGAACUAACAUGUUGAUCCGUUCAUGGUCUAAAUAAUUGGGUUGUGGUUUUAAAGCGUUAAAUCAUCUGUCAAAAGGAAAUUAAAUCAACUUUCUAACGUGGAUUAUUUGGAGAGAAAAACGCUUGAAGGCAGAUGUCCUUUGUUUUGUGGAAAUAACGUGCAGUUUAUAGUAAAUUCAUCUGAGAAUUCUCUGUAAAAGUUUUUUAGUCCUUCAAGUAUUUCAAAUUAAUUCAGUUAAAACAGGAAUGCUGUGAUGCAGUUCACAAAGUCACCACUAGAUGGCGGCAUCAGACCACUGACUGUUAGCAGCUGUUUGAAGCAUGUCUGAAUGUACAUAUCUGUAAAAACACACCAAAGUUAAUAAAAUGCUUUUCAGUAUU